AUGAACAGAUCGGGUGGUGUUUUGAAGAUUAAAGAUGGAAAUGGAAAUGGGGUCAGUGGUUCAAGUGCCAAUGUUAAGUAUCCAAGUAAACUUCAUGAAAAGCUUGCUUUUUUGGAAGGGAAGGUGAGGAGGAUUGCCUCAGAUAUCAAGAGAACAAAGGAGAUGCUGGAUUUGAACAAUCCCGAUAUCAAGAUGAUUUUGUCUGAUAUCCAGGAAAAGAUUACAGGGAUUGAGAAGGCAAUGGGUAGUGUUGGCAACAACGAUGAUGAUCUGAAGGCUAAUGUGGUAGCAAGUUCUGAGAUUGAUGUUGAGAAAGUUAAAGCAUCGGAGAAGAUGCAAGUGAACAAAGUGGAUGAAGGAAAGAGUUUGGUUAAGGCGUUGAAUGCAAAUGAAUUAGAAGCAAGAUUGUUUCCACAUCAUAAGUUACUUAGAGAUAGGACAUCGCAGAAAUCAGCCUCUGAAAGUGCUGAAAGUCACAAGAUUGAAGUUGUAGUGACAGAUGGUGAAUUGAAAGUAGAGAAGUCAAUAAGUCCUGUUGAUGAGAAUCCUAUUGCUAUGGAGUUCUUGGUCCUCAGUCAGGGGAGGUGUGAGGAUACAAUAAGAGUUGGGACUUUUGGUCCGGAGAUUAGUGAAGUCCAAGAGACGGAUGGAGCUGUAACUUCCAGAGAGAAUAAUCGUCUCUCAGACUCUCUGAAUGGAAAAGGUUCAUUUGAUCUUACACUGCUAGCAGAUGAAAAGCUUGAAGAGUUUGACGACCAAGAAAACAUGUCGCGAAUGAUUAUUGAAGAAGAGACAGAAGAUAGUUCUUUGUAUGAGUUGAAUCAAAUUGGACAGAAGAUGACAACAGGAGGUUGGUUUGUGUCAGAGGGAGAAUCAGUUCUUCUUGCUCAUGAUGAUGGUUCGUGUUCCUUCUAUGACAUAAUUAAUAGUGAGGGAAAGGCUACUUACAAGCCCCCUCAUGGAGUUUCUCCAAAUAUGUGGAGAGAUUGUUGGUUAAUCCGUGCUCCUAGUGCAGAUGGUUGUUCUGGACGAUAUGUUGUUGCUGCAUCUGCUGGGAAUUCAGUGGUCUCAGGUUUUUGCUCGUGGGAUUUUUAUACCAAAGAAGUACGAGCUUUUCAUGCUGAAACUGGACUUUCUACUGCUAGAACAGCCCUUGCUCCCCUUCCUAAUAACACAAUUUUCAGAAGAAAUGUGUUGUCAACAAGUAUUGCUCCAGAGAACCAACAGUGGUGGUAUAGACCCUGUGGACCGCUUAUUGUUUCUGCAGCUAGUUCUCAGAGGAUGGUACGAGUUUAUGACGUUCGUGAUGGAGAGCACAUAAUGAAAUGGGAGCUGCAGAAACCUGUGCUGGGAAUGGAUUACUCUAGCCCUUUGCAGUGGAGAAAUAGAGGAAAGGUAGUCAUUGCUGAAUCAGAAGCUAUUUCCCUUUGGGAUGUCAGCUCCCUUCAUCCUCAAGCAUUGUCAUCUAUUUCGUCUUCCAACCGGAAAAUUGAUGCUCUUCACGUGAACAAUACGGAUGCUGAAUUGGGCGGAGGAGUUCGACAGAGAGUGAGCUCCUCUGAGGCUGAAGGCAAUGAUGGUGUUUUCUGCACCUCAGAUUUCAUCAAUGUAUUAGAUUUUCGCCAACCAUCUGGAAUAGGCCUUAAGAUUCCUAAAGUUGGUGUUGAUGUGCAGUCAACUUUCUCACGUGGUGAUUCUGUAUUUAUGGGCUGCACUAAUUUAAGGUCAGCAGGAAGAAAGCAGCAUUGCUCUCAAAUCCAACAAUUUUCCUUGCGCAAACAGAGGCUUUAUAGCACCUAUGUUGUACCAGAAUCAAAUGCUCACUCCCAUUUCACAGCUAUUACUCAAGUUUGGGGAAAUUCUGAACUCGUCAUAGGAGUUAACGGACAAGGCCUCUUUGUAUUUGAUGCCCUGAAAGAUGAUGUAUUGCAGUCGCUUGAUACUGAUUCUGGUAAAGACAUGUGGAAUGUCAGAGAGGUGAUUGGACCAGAUGACUUGUAUUCGCCUUCUUUUGACUACCUAGCUUCUCGUGUUCUCCUUGUAUCUAGAGAUCGCCCGGCUCUUUGGAGGUAUUUAUCAUAGCCAUCAUAGUUCCUCCAGAGAC